AUGUCAGUCGACAACGCAUCACCAAAAGACGUCUGUGUCGGCUGCAGCCAAGAGGUGGAGGCGAAGUCUGGCCUCCUGAUGCCACAAUGCCAGUGCUUCUACUGCCCGGCAUGCCUUCGGAACAGGGUUGAAUACGCGUUCGAGAAUCCGCCAAGGUGCUGCUAUGAGGCGCUGUCUUUCAGGUCAGCAAAAACGCUGCUCCCAGCCAGGCUUGUACACCAGAUCCAGACAAACCUCCUCGAACUCACCACUAAGAAGAGACUCCACUGCCAUAAUCCGAACUGCGGUGUCUUUGUCGCACCUCGUCACAUCCACAACAGCAAUGGGUACUGCCAGAAGUGUCUCGCGGUCACAUGCGCCAAGUGUCGAGAGAAAGAGCAUUUCGGGCGGUGCAGCAACACCAUCGAGCAGCUCAGACAGAAAUACAAAUUCCAGCAGUGCCCAACUUGUGGUCACGUGGUGGAAAGAUUCGGUGGCUGCAACCACAUGUCCUGCACCUGCGGCUCCGAAGAGUGCGAAUGCAUCGGUGAUGAGCAUGAGAGCGAAGAUAAAGACGAAUAA